AUGCUCUCUUCUAUUAGAAAUACAAAAACAAAUUAAGAAAAUAUUUUUUUACAAGACUUAAGUCCUACUAAGUAGCUAGAUUCUAUACCAAAUAGUCACAGAUAAAUGUUGAGCAUUGAAACAGACAGCUCUAAUUUUAAUACAUAGAUGAUUAACAGUUAAACAGAAAGACUUUAUGCAAGUUUUAAACCAAAAUCAAUGUUAAGCGUAGAAUAAAAGCACUUGACAAAUAGUUAAAAACCAAUUAAUGUUAAAUUUAAGAUAUCUUACUUAUAAGCACACAGUGGAGACAUUCAAGAAGAUUCUUAAAACAAAGAGAAUUCUAUAGGCAAUUAAAUCGAAGAUAAUUAAAAGUAAAAUGUGACAGAAAACUCUCAAUUUAAGGAAGUCUAUUAAAAAGGGUAUUCGGAAACAAUUUAAAACGAAAUAGAAUUAAUAAAAAAUUCUUAAAUUAAAGAUGGCUCAUAAAGUGAACAAAUUAAGAUCUAUUAAAAUAUUUGA